UCCAAAGCGUUUCGCUUGUUUUGACCGGUCCUCGUGUCCUUUUCUUAGUUGCAUCGCGCCAGUAGAAGCUGCACCCUUUUUGCCCCCCUUCUGCAGCAUAAGACCACCAUGACCCGCCAAUCGAAUGCCGAACCCUUCAUGGCCAGUAACCUUGGGGAAAUUUUCCCCUUGGUUGCACAAGGCAAAGUUAGAGAGAUCUAUAAGAUUGACGAAGAGACACUUCUCUUUGUGGCUUCAGAUAGAAUUUCUGCCUACGACGUGAUUCUGGAUAAUGGUGUUCCCAACAAGGGAGUUAUUCUUACCCUCAUUUCUGCUUACUGGUUCAAAUUCCUUAAAGCCGCUUUGCCGACUCUCCAAACGCACUUUAUCAGCCUUGAUUUGCCACACGGGAUCCCGACGGAGCUUCGACCAAAAUACCAGGACAGAAGUAUGGUUGUGCGCAAGAUCAAGGUCUUUCCAAUUGAAUCAAUUGUGCGCGGAUACAUUUCCGGCUCGGCAUGGAAGGAAUACAAAGAAUCUGGCACUGUGAAUGGUAUAUCUAUGCCAACAGGCCUGGUUGAGUGUGGCCGCCUCCCGACCGCUUUGUGGACUCCUAGCACCAAAGCUGACCAAGGAGAUCAUGAUAUCAAUAUCCAUCCUAGAGACGCUGGGAAACUUAUUGGCCAGAAAUAUGCCGACCAAAUCCAGAGCGUCUCCGUCACUCUUUACAACGUCGCAUAUGCCCAUGCUUAUUCCCACGGCAUUAUCAUCGCUGACACGAAAUUUGAAUUUGGCCUUGAUGUAGAGACUGACCAGAUCGUCCUUAUCGACGAAGUAUUGACCCCAGAUUCGUCCCGAUUUUGGCCAGUCAGCAAAUACCAGCCUGGUCGCUCCCAGGAGAGCUUUGACAAGCAGUUCCUGCGCGACUGGCUAACGUCCAACGGCUUGGCUGGAAAGCAGGGUGUCUCAAUGCCAGCGGAUAUUGCGAGAAAAACCGAACUUAAGUACCAAGAGGCAUUUGAGAGGAUCACAGGAGACGUCUUCGAGACUGGUAUGCCGUCUGUUCUGGAGGAAAGCGCUUUGGCUGAGUAA